GGCGUGGGUUUGGUGACAAGUGUUUGUUUGAAUGGCUUUAUAUAAAUAAACAUGCCAAAGAGUACACAAUAGAGAGAAACGAUUUGUUAACUUUGUGCGCAUAGCAAUAAAUAAAUGUUUAAAUAAAUACCAAAUUUUACAACGCAAUUUAAUAUCGAAAGUUUUAAAGUGAGUUUUAGCUAUAAACGAUACAACAACGGCAACAAAUUCAACAACAUCAUUGCCACAAACCCGAUACUAUCAGUCACCGCCACGUUCGGUGUCGAUAUUGGUGUACAAAACCAUAAAUUCGGUGUAUAAAAGUAGUCGCAAGAUAAUCGUACGAGUAUGCGAAGUGGCCAGCACAAAAAAAGUCAAACCAUUCAAAAUGUUUAAUUUAUAUUCGACAAUGAAUCGGCGCAAUGCAGCCGACGAGAAAGACCAACCAAAAGAGCUUGAAACCACCGGUCAUGAUCGCUUUUGUCAAAUACGUCCAUCCAGGUCUUCAUAUCGUAAAAAACGCAAACGAAAUGUUCGACGCGCUCAAUCGGCGGCCGAAUUCGAUCCGCGUGCACUAUCAGCUGCAAAUAAACGAACUCUGUUCACAGGCAGAUCCGUUAGUUCAGAGCAAGAAAAUUCAGAAAGCGAACAAACCGAAAAGUCUCCAUUGGUCAGUGCAAAACUGGAAACGUUUGCUAAAAUGCUAUUCAAUCGCGCAAAUUCAUCAUCACAAGACAGCACUGGUGGCAGUGGUGGUGGGAAUGGUAGUGGUGGUAUGGGCGGCACACAAAAAGAAAGCAGUUCAUCGCCAACCAGAAACAACUUGAAAUUCCAGUACUCCGCAUUGGAUCCGGGGAUGACAGCGACCGAACGAACGCCACGCGAACGAGCCACAAGAGAAAGAUCAUACAUUUCGUGUCAGGAAUGGACGGAAAAAUCGGCGGGCCGCUAUGAGAUCAUGGCACAUUUGGAAGAAAUCGGAUGCCGACCGAAUAAAAAUUGGUUUUUGUUAAGUGAUACAACUGUACGUACGGAUCGAUUGAUGACAUUAAUUCCAUUGCCAGCCGAUUGUAUUGCAUUGGAAGAACUUUCACCAUCCGAUUCACCGAAGGGAGUGCUCAUGGAAUUGCUUGGCUCACUGCAACAUCCAUACGUUUAUCCGGUUUUAGAUUUAGGCAUUUUCUACUCAAAUCAAACACAUUAUGCGUGUCUUGUGAUGCCAUUUAAUGCGCGCGGCAGUCUCAAGGAUUUAAUUUACAAAUCGCAAUGGAAUGAUCCAUGGAACCGUAAAUAUACAAGAAAAUCAACAUGUUUGCCGCUGUCACAGGUGCAACGGUUGGGCCGACAAAUUUUGGAAGCAUUAUUGUUUUUACGGGAACGGGGCUUUCCAUCUCACGGCCAUUUACAUUCGGGGAAUGUUAUUCUACAGAAUGGUGUAGCUCGGCUAUCGGGAUUGGAAAAUGGUUUAUUGGGCUUAAAUUCAAAAGUGAAUGCCGUCGUUUGGGCAACGAACAUUGUCGAUGUCGAGAAUAUGGAUAUUAUUUGCUUUGGACAUUUAUUGUUUGAAAUGUGUACGGGAUAUGAGUUGCCGUCACCGCGACCAACAGCUGGCCAUUUGCAAUUGGAUUUAGAAAGAUAUCCACAGGUGGUUGAAGUGCUACAAAUGAUUUUUGAAUCGCCCGAUAAUCGAUACCCAACCGUCGAGGAGCUUGUGCUAUGUGAUUUAUUUCGCAAUAUCGAUUUGCGUGAGAUGCGAGGUCCAUCAAUUUCGUCAUUUAAACAUGGAUUAAGCAUGUCCACAUUGAACCUGUUGAAUGCAGUGCGUCGAAGACAGGGCGCAUCGUUAAAUGGUUCGUAUAGCGAAGGUUCAAGCCCGUGCACACCGCCGUCAACACCACGACGAAUCGGAUUGCGUGAUGUAAAUUCAUUUGACAUUUCAAGCGAUUCCGAAGAUGUUUUGGAUGAAGUUGUAAUAACAGCGUCUUCAUCGGAAUUUCAUCAAUUUCAUGGUUUUCUCCAUCCAUCAAUAUCGUCGCCAAUUGCAUUCUUUGACAAUAGCAUGCAUUCAAUGGAAUCAAUGCCAUCAACAUCAGCAAAUGUUGGCGGUGCAACAACAGCACCAACAACAACCAGUUCGUUGAGUAUUUCAAAUGAAAUUACAAAUGAAAAUUUGACAAUUCCAUGCUGUUCAUCGGUCACCAUCUCGCCAUCAACAUUUUCAAAUCAAUUGACAACCGAUUUGUGUACGACAUCGAAAAAUUCAAAAAGUCGUCGAAUGGAGUAUUCGAUGCGUGGCACAAAAACAUGCAGUAGCAGUAGCAGUUGUAACCCAUCCCAAGAUUCAGCAUUCGGUUCAAUGACAGAUGGUGAAUUAUCAAUUGCAUCAAACAGUUGCCGAAUGAGUAGUUUUCAGUCAAUGUCAUCGCCAAUCGAUGAAAGUGUCGAAGAUUCAAUAACUGGUUUACCUGGACCAUCGCUAACAUCGUCACUGUCACGUGCAUCGACCACAUCGAACAACGAGAGUAUUGAUGUGCCCGAUUACAAUCCCACACAGAUGGCAGUCGCAUCAUCUGCGUCCGAUUUUAAUUUAUUGAAAAAGAAAUCGGCAUCGUUUGGUACAACAUCAUCCAGCGGAUUGCCCAUCGAACCGCCAACCAUUUUAGUAAACGACGGUAAUUCAUUUUAUACAACAUCGCCGGCCAAAACAUUUGACACCAUUCAAGUGUUUUCACAAAAGUAUCGGGUGUCAUCGUUUGAGGAUAUGUCAAUGAAACGAAAUUUCUUGCGAAAUGUGCAUAAGCAAAAUUUUCGAUCGCUUGAAGAAGAGCGUCGCAUUGAUUCGGCAUUUACGCCAGUGGUGAAAACAAUGCAUUCACAUCAUCGUUCAUUUGAUGCUGGCCAUCGUAAUAUUAAUAAUUCGGAAAAAUUUAAAAAACUUACGCACGUUUCGUUUGCCAGCAAAAUAUCAACGACACGCGAACGGCACACCGUAUGGAAAAAUAGUAUUUUAGCAAGAAAAAAUAAUCUGAUCAAGUCAAAUGAAUCGCUACACGAUUAUAGUGGAUCGAGCGGUUCGAAUAGUGGUAGCCCAAAAACGGCCCAACAAAACGAAUGCUUUUACGAUACAAAAUUACGGAAACGUGUCAAUUCAACAAAUGAACUAUGCUCAACAUAUCGCAACGAUGUGGAGGGACGAUUCUCAGCACUGACCGAUGAUUUAAAAUUAUUUACACAAAAAUCAUGCUCAGAACGUUAUUUACUUAAUAUGACAAUGCUCAGGCAAACGACAAUUAGCAAUGAUUGCGAUGAAUGCGAUGAAGACGAAUCGAAUGGGGCACAUCGAUCGGAAAAUGAAAGUUGUAUGGACGAAACAUGUAGCAAUAGUUCAAACAGUGGAUACGGUCAUAUUACACUUACGAAUAGUUCAACCAAUUCAAAAACCGAAAAUAACAGCACCGAUUCAUCGCCCAGUCAUCGAAGUAUGUGCAAAAUAAUCGGUGGCAUCGAAUCAGAUAAUCGACACAUCGAGGAAAAAAUUCCAUUAUUAGACGGCAUGGAAAUGUCUCCGAUCAGUCCAGUAGAAAAUAAUGAUAUGUUGUGAUAUUCUCAAGUAGAAUUGUAAGAAUAAAAAAAAAGAGAAACAAACAAACAAUCGACGACAGUGAGCACACACACUACGUAUGGGAUAUAAUGUGUAUAACGGAAUAACAAAAUAAUCGAUAAUGUCGUUUUAGCGCGGUGAUUUAUGGAUUCGACGAUGGCAACUAAAUCCGAACGGUGGUAACAAGUAUUUAAUUGCGAUAAAGUCACUAUGUCAAUACUACAUAUAUAGUUGAAUAAAGAAUUUUAAUUAGAAAUCAUUGCAAAUGCAAUCCAAUCAAGAACAAAACCAAAAUGAAAAUCUCUCCAUAAAUCAAUCACCUAUACUCAUUCUGUAAGUACUGACUUCAAACCCCCGCUUCUCGCACAUUACAUGAAAAUUCCAAAUAGAAAUGAAAAACGACAAACUGAGUUCAACAUAGUUCAUUAGAGUUCAUUUCAAUAAUGAAUAAUUGUACGUAGCUUUACUGAAACAAAUAUAGACAAAAUCAAAAACCACAUACAAAAAAAAGAAAAUCGUGAAUAUGUCAACAUAUUCAAAAUUCAUGGAUUUCCCAUUUAGAAAUGUUUGUUACAAUAAAUAUAUUAUUUAUAUAUACCUACUAUUGAAUCAAAUUUAAAAAAAGACUUGACCUUUUAUCGUUUAUAUAUCAUUAUAGUGUUUAGAUUAUUAUAUUACUUUUUGGUCUUUACACAAACACACAACAACUGAAUAAAAGAAAACAACUUAUAUGUAUAAGAAUUAAUCAGACAAUAUGAAUGAUGAAUGCAUUUCUCCUAAAAAACCGAAACACAAUCCAAUUCAUGAAUUGAAAAUCUUUGGAAACGGAAACCAUUCCAACCACUUCGAGUAUCAUACCGAGUUUCUUCAUUUCAUAUCGACAAUUAUAGAAACGUUUGUUUGAAGAAAAAAAAUCUAUUUCGUGCCGUCCUAUACAUUUCUAAUCACACACAAAUUUUGCUUUUUCUGAAUAUUUGGUUUAAAAUCGAAUUUUUUUUAAAAUACUAACAGUGUUUCCAUAAUCAACAGUUGUUUAGUCACAAAUACACCAGAAAUUCGAUCGAAGAGAAAUGUUCUUUUUCUGUGUGUAUGUCCAUUUAACUUUAUCUUUCCUAAAAGUUCCUUCGUUUCUGUAGUAUUUAAAAAGUUUUGCCUAAUUCUGACUCCUUAGUUUUUAGUUAAAAAUCGGACGAACGGGCGACAAAAUUUUCGUUCGGAAGUCAAUUUUAAUUCAUUUAAGCGUAUAUAAAGAUUUAAAAAAAAUAUAUCAUAAAAUGUUGAGAUUGAACGUAAAUCAUCAUCCUGUCAUGUUGUGUUAAAGUUCAUUCUAUAUAGUAUAUUCUUCUGGGUCCAAACUUGAACAAAAUAAUUUAAAAAGUGUCUGUUGAACAUUGCAAAGUUCAUCUCAAGAGAGAGAGAGAGAGAGAGAGAGAGAGAGAGAGAGAGAGAGAGAGAGAGAAGUGGAUGAAACUAUUUAGUCGUAAUAUAUUCAAAAGAUAUCUAUCCCGUUGACGAUUUUUCGUGUGACCACACCAUAAUUGGUUUUUUGACUGGCAUUGUGUAUAAAACGAGUACAAUGUUUUAAUUUGACAAUAAAUUGAUGUUUUUAACAUUUUAACGAAGCCAAAAAAAAUCGAGAAUGAACCAAACCAAAAAAGCGAAAAAAAUCAAAAUAUUUAAUUUCGGCGCGCCUUCAGAAAAAAGCUUCAAUUCUUUUAAUGCAAAAAUUUAAAUGAACCGAUAUUUUUAGGAUUUAGUAACUUGUUCUUUACAUAAAUGGAAACGACAAAAUAUAUAUUUUUUGCACAUUCAAUAUUUCCAUUCCUUACUCAUUUGAACCAACAACAAAAAAUUGCUUAAUCGAUAUUUGCACAUUACCAAGAGACGAUUCGUUUAAAUAGUGAAUAAAAGAUACCCAUAUUUCCCCUUUCUGUCGUCAUUCCGAACGAAGUGAACAUUACAUAGUAGAAUGUCGAACAUGAUCUAUGAAUUAUCAAUUGAACGGCUUUCAAAGAAUAUAUUUUAUUUUUUCUUUGAAAACGAAGUUGAUAGAAAAUUUAUUUGUAGUUCCAUUGUGUCUAAAUAACACCUUGUUCAAUAUAUACAGCGUAUUAAACUUUAAACGUGCUGAAUUUAGGCGAUUAGAGGAUAAAAAAUAUAAAAAAUUUAUAAUUUCUCAAAAAGUCUUAUUGAUAGUAUUUCCGACCCGAGAUCAAUUAUAAGAUGAAAAUAAGAUUUUCUUCUUCUUCGAAUCCUCGAGGAGGUCACAACAGAAAACUGUAAAUUAUUUUUCAUCCAAAACAAUGUUACUUCAUGAACAUUCUAAACGAAAUGUCAUUGUAACUAUUUCCCAGUGGUAAUCGAAAACAUUAGCUUUUUUGGGAAUUUGUCAAAUUAAUGAAGAAUUUCUCUUAAAUGUUACAUUCUCUAAAGAUAAAAUCUCAAACAGUUCAAGCGUCCACAUUGUGUUGAACUGUGUAUUUUAGUGUAGUAUUGAUACAGUACGGUCUGCUACAUCAGUUUUAAAUGUAAACAUUUAAUAAAAUACUAUAAUUAUGUACAGAAACAAAUACGGCAUUUUAUUGCUGCCAAUAUAAUUGCUGCCCUCGAUUUUCAGCCAAACUAAAAACAAAUAUAUAUAUAUCUGAAAAGAUCACGCUCACCUUAUUUUACCGAAACAGAGAAAAUAAUAUUUACAUAUUUAUUCCAUCAAACAAUUAUAUUAGAAACGAGUGAAUAUUUAAAUAAAUUCUAUUAUAUAUAUACAAUAACGGUUUAUGAUAUAUAAACUCAAUACUUUAGAAUAGUUGAAUAAAAAUUGAACGGAAUAAAUCCGUUUUUUAAUUCCCGAAUUGACAAAAUGCUCGACUACCAAAAAUAUAGAUGAAAAAUAUAUGUGAGUUUACCAAAACCAAAAUCAAUAUUAAACUGAAACAAAAAAAAACCUAUAACGAACUACAAAUCCAUCUCAUAUCAAACAAUAAAUGAAU